GCGAUAACGGCGCUGGGCUGCGGACGCAGGGAUCCCGCGCGCGCGUGCGUGAAGGAGGCGCGCGCCCGCCCGCCUACUCGGCGUGCGUGCGGCUGCGGAGAGCCCGUGUUCGCGCGCAGAGAGCGGGCGCGGGCCGCCCUGUUGCAGGUUCCACGGGCGCACGCGAGGUGUGAGCCUUCUAAGUAGCAUAUGGCAAAACGUUAGGCCAAGCUGUGACAGCCCCUGUGGUUAAGAACCUGUGCCUUCUGAACUUCUCUGCUGCUGUGGAUGGCCCCGGCUGUCUUGACUGCCCUUCCCAAUAGGAUGUCACUGAGGUCCCUCAAAUGGAGCCUGCUGCUGCUGUCCCUGCUGAGCUUCCUGGUGAUAUGGUACCUCAGCCUCCCCCACUACAAUGUGAUCGAGCGCGUCAACUGGAUGUACUUCUAUGAGUAUGAGCCAAUUUACAGACAAGACUUUCGAUUUACGCUCCGCGAACACUCGAACUGUUCUCAUCAGAACCCAUUUCUGGUCAUCCUGGUGACCUCGCGCCCCUCAGAUGUGAAAGCCAGACAAGCCAUUAGAGUUACUUGGGGUGAGAAAAAGUCCUGGUGGGGAUAUGAGGUGCUCACAUUUUUCUUACUAGGCCAGCAGGCUGAAAGGGAAGACAAAACGUUAGCCCUGUCCUUGGAGGAUGAGCACGUUCUCUAUGGUGAUAUUAUACGGCAAGACUUUCUAGACACAUAUAAUAACUUGACCUUGAAAACCAUUAUGGCUUUCAGGUGGGUAAUGGAGUUUUGCCCCAAUGCCAAGUAUGUCAUGAAAACAGACACUGAUGUUUUCAUCAACACUGGCAAUUUAGUCAAGUAUCUUUUAAACCUAAACCACUCAGAGAAGUUUUUCACGGGCUAUCCUCUAAUUGAUAGCUAUUCCUAUAGAGGAUUUUUCCAUAAAAACCAUAUUUCAUACCAAGAGUACCCUUUCAAGGUGUUCCCUCCCUACUGCAGUGGGCUGGGCUACAUUAUGUCUGGCGACCUGGUGCCCAGGGUCUACGAGAUGAUGAGUCACGUGAAGCCCAUCAAGUUUGAAGACGUUUAUGUUGGCAUCUGUUUGAAUUUGUUAAAAGUGGACAUUCAUAUUCCAGAAGACACAAACCUUUUCUUUCUGUACAGAAUCCACUUGGAUGUAUGUCAGCUCAGACGCGUGAUUGCAGCCCAUGGCUUUUCUUCCAAGGAGAUCAUCACAUUCUGGCAGGUGAUGCUGAGGAACACCACAUGCCAUUACUAAGCCCAUCCAUCACCCAUCAGGCAAGGGAGGAAGGACACUGUAGACAGGGUCAGAGUUAGCACUGUGGGAAACUCGGGAAGUUGAGCGUGCUGGCUUGCCUGGGCUGAAACUCAUGGAGCAUCCCUAGACAGGAGCUCCAAGGCCUGAACUUACAGCGAUUGCUUUCACGGAAUUUACCUCGGGUCCUUUAAAGGUGACAGAGGAGUCAAACAUAAUGCAAACGAAGAGUUUUGCUAACCAAAUCAAAGGGUCAGACAGUCUGGAUGGCUCAGGCUGUAGAUUAGAAUUUCUUAAGAUUUCCCUGAAAGAAAAACUAACUAGUCCACAGCCAGAAUACAGUGUGGAGUUGUAUGUAUUAGAUAGUAUAGUCACAUAAUGGUUCAGUGUGUAUCUAAGUGGUUAUUAUGAAAAGAUAUAUAUACAUAUAUAUAUAUAUUUCUUGUAAAAAGCUUUACAGAGUUAUAUUGAAAACACUCAUUUGUAUUGUUUUCAUUUGCAAGGUACUCAAUGAUAUGGUAUGUAAGAGUUAUCAAAUCAAGUAUUAUUUAAUGUCAUUUCAAUUUUCUAAGUGUUUAAAGAUUAUGGUGGUUUCAGUAUUAUAUGAUGAAUUGCCUUUCACAUUUGAGCUUUGUUUUAUUCACCACUGAUCAGUUUAAUUAAUGUGACGUUAAUGUGACAUCAUAGGUUAUUAUUGACUGUCUGUAAUCUGUUGAACUCUGUUGCACUGUAAACAUAUGGAGAAUUAAAGCAAGAAAAUUCAAGCUUUGUAUAGUUUUUUAAAAACGUAGUCAGUGUUUCUAGAUGUCACUUCAUCCGUCUCAUUCUCCUCCAAAGGAUUUGGAGAUCAUAAGAACUUCAGACAGGGCCUUUCCUAACGGCACAGAAGGCUGAGACGGACGGUCUUGGUGUUUACUAUCACAGUGUGGAAGCUGGAAAGGGGAAGUGGAAGAUCCAGGUUAUAUGUUAACCCUCCCAGUGUGUGUUUUCUACUGAGUAAUCAAUUUGUCAGUAAAGGAUUUUUAAAAAGCA